GUUAACUGACGAUAACAACCCUUUAUCAACCAACAUUCAACAUGGCGAAAAUACAUGUAGAAGUGUUGGACACGAUUUUUUAUUUUUAGUUUUCCUUAUUAGUUUCUAGCUUAGAAAUAUAAUGAAACAAUUUUUUCUCGCCAUCUUAUCGUUUCUCGCCGCGGUGCUAAUAGUGUUACUGUUUGUGGCCUUAGGUUGGUAUCUAUUGUGGGUCCUUAUCAUUAAGAGAUUUAAGUUCAUUAAGGACAUCUUAAACAGUGCAAAAGGACUAAAGGAGCCUUCCAAAGAGGACUUGCAAACUGUUAAACCUAAAACCAAAAAGACUCGAAAAGACUGAUACUAUUAAUUUUAGAAUAAUUCUUAAGUCAGUCUAAACAAUGAAUAUCCGGUGUGCUAGGCCUGAAGACCUAAUGAACAUGCAGCACUGCAAUUUGCUUUGUUUACCUGAAAACUAUCAAAUGAAAUAUUAUUUUUACCAUGGAUUGAGCUGGCCCCAGCUGAGCUAUGUGGCAGAAGAUGCAAAUGGUAAAAUUGUUGGUUAUGUCUUAGCCAAAAUGGAAGAGGAUCAAGAAGACUUAAAGCAUGGCCACAUAACAUCUUUAGCAGUAAAAAGAUCUCACAGGAGAUUAGGUUUAGCACAGAAACUGAUGGAUCAAGCUUCUGAGGCAAUGGUGGAAUGUUUUGAUGCAAAAUAUGUGUCUUUGCAUGUGAGGAAGAGCAACAGGGCUGCUUUGAAUCUAUAUAAAAACUCCCUGAAGUUUGAAACUGUGGAAAUCGAGCCUAAGUAUUAUGCUGAUGGAGAAGAUGCUUAUUCAAUGAAGAGGGACCUCAGUGAAUUUUCUAAGAAAAAAGCAGUCAAGGUGGAGUCAGAACAUCUCAAGAAUGAGGAAUAAUUUUAAUUUACUCUCCUUUUUUUGCAAUAAAAUUGUUAAUAGUAGAAAAA